AUGGGGAAGUGCAGUAGGGGUAGGCAGAAGAUUGAAAUCAAGAGAAUUGAAAACGAAGAUCACAGACAAGUUACCUUCUCAAAACGAAGGAAUGGGCUUUUCAAGAAGGCAAGCGAGCUUUGCAUCCUAUGCGGCGCAGAGACUGCCUUAAUCGUCUUCUCUCCAGCUGGUAAAGCAUAUUCCUUCGGCCAUUUAUCUGUUAAUUCCGUAAUUAAUAGGUAUAUCCUCGACAAGGACGACUCUGCCCAAAAUUCCAAAGAUGGUGGUGCAGCUGCAAUUGCACUUGUUACUGAAGAACUUGUAGCUGAGAAGAAGAAGAAGAAGAAGACAGGAACAGUGAUACAACUAGAUGAUGAGUUGAUGAAAAAGGAAAAAGUUUUGCCAGAGUUUUGGUGGGAGGAGCCGAUCGAUGAUGAACUUGACGUUCAUGAGUUAAAGAAAUUGAGGGUUGCUAUGGAAGAGCUUAGGAAGAAUGUGAUCAAGCGUGCUGAUGAUUUGAUGAUGGAAGAAGCUUCAUUACCUUCUUCGUCGUCGUUCUUGGCGAUAAAUCCAGUUCCUCUGGGAGUUAUCCCAGCUGCGAGAAUGAGAAUGGACGAGGGGAGUACUUCAUCAAAUGUUCCUCAUGGAUUUCAUUUGGAUUUUGGGUUUGGGAACUUCUAA